AUGGCUGCUUCGUCAAUAAUUCCCAUCACUAAGGUUGUUCUUAUUCUUUUAUCAUGUUUCAUCUCUACUACAUGCUCAUUCAGGGUUAUCUCUGAUCAUAAACCUCAUACGAAGCCUCUUGGUUUUACAACGCGACUAAUUCAUCGCGAUUCACCGGAAUCGCCAUUUUAUGACCCUAAGCUUACACGCACCGACAGGAUGAGAAACGCAAUACAGCGAUCUUUGGACCGGUAUAACCACUACACAAGCAACAUCGUGGUACCUAAUAAUGUGCGAGCUCCUAUUAGUUACCGCACCUCCGAGUAUGUCAUAAGUUUUCGCGUAGGUACACCUGCAGUAGACACAUAUGCCGUCAUAGACACGGGUAGUGAUUUAACGUGGCUCCAGUGCAAACCUUGCCACAAUUGCUACGACCAAGAAAUACCCAUGUUCGAUCCACGCAAAUCUACAAGUUACGCUAAAGUUGGAUGUGAAGACGUUAGAUGCAAGGCAGAAAGAGGCAGCACGUGCGAUAAAGACGGUAGUUCUUGCCGCUACAAUCUGCAUUAUGAUGACUCUGGGCAUUCACAAGGAAUUCUAUCAACGGAAACUUUCGUCUUUCAAUACGAUACCUGGUCUGGAAAUAUUUCUAUACUAGAAUUAGCAUUUGGUUGUGGAUACGAUAACGGUUUCCCAUACAUAACUAGUCAACGUGACGGAGCACCAGGAUUGAUCGGCUUAAGUAGGGAUCCUUUGUCUUUGAUUUCACUACUAGCUUUCGAUCACUUUUCCCAUUGCUUAGUACCAAUGACGUGGAACAAAACAAGUCUAUUACGCUUCGGAUUAGAUGCAAUUAUGACCAAGGAUACCACUCCGAUGAUGGAUUAUGGUAAUUUAACCACUGGAGCUUAUUAUGUGAUGUUGGAAGGAAUCAGUGUUUCCGAGAGAGGGUUGCAUAUCCCAGACGGAACCUUCGAUAUUACAGAAGACGGGGUAGGAGGAGUGAUUAUUGAUACUGGUACGGAGUACACGUAUCUUCAUCUAGUGGCUCAUGUUUUUUUGAUUGCAGAACUGGAGGCACAAAUUAAACUGGAUUAUGUCCAUCCAAGUCCAGAGGAUGAAUUUCCCUUGUGUUACAAAAAAAAUAUGACUGCGGGCAUAUCAAGUAUGCCGGAUAUAACUUUCCAUUUUAGUGGUACGAAUUUUGAUUUAAAUAAAUGGAAUGUUUGGGAAGAAGUUGGUGACAGCAAAAUAUGCCUAACUUUGCUUCAAGCAGAUGAUGGUCUGACAGUUAUAGGGGCUCACCAUCUACAAAAUGUUAAUGUCGGGUAUGAUUUGCGAAACAAAGUAAUUUCUCUAGAAAAUAGGGAUUGCACCCAAACUUGA